GAUCCAAAAUCAAUUCACCCCAACAUCUCCAAGAACAACAUCCACUAAAUCAACCAUGAAACCAACCCUAGUUGUUGCUCUCUCCUUCAUUGCUUUCCUCACCAACCUUCCCCUAACUUUCUCUGUUGAUCAAGUCAGGGACAUAAGAGGGAAUGGCGUUUUCCCAGGUCUCAAAUACAACAUCUUUCCAGCUUUCGGUAGCAAAAAUAGCGGUGGUGGAUUGAAACUUGCCGAAACUGGGUUAUCAAACUGUCCUCUUACUCUCAUGCAAAAUCCCUCACGUCAGGCCCAUAACCUCACUAUGAGAAUGAUCAUACCUGGAAUCAGUACUGGAAUCAUCUUCACAGGUACCCGUAUUGUGAUCAAGGUGAUAGAUACACCACCACCGUGUGCAGCAUCCCCGGAUUGGUUGGUGUACCUGGACCCAGAGACGAAUAAGGCUGGUUUGGGAAUCGGUGGUCCCGAAGGGCAUCCAGGGCAAACAAUUUUUAAUGGCACAUUUCACAUUGAAGAAUCCGAUCAUGGGUAUAGGUUUGUGUUCUGCGUCGAUGGUUUACAAGCUUGUUCCGAUGUUGGCCUCUUGGAUCCACGCAAGGGUGAGGAUGGAAGACGCUUGAAUCUCACUCGUACUGAACCCUUCGAAUUUGAGUUCAUAGAGACAGUUUAAUUAAUAAGACAUAUAAUUACUAUAUAUGCUUUCAUUCUUGCCUCA